GAUCGACGACACCGGCCGACGCAUUGCAGGCGGCAUAGGCGGUUGUGCAGACGAGAAGAGCGGCUACGAAUCGCGCUCGCAGACGACACUGACCAGUGGCGCCACCCUCCCUCCACUCCACGAAGCAAAAACGCAGUUUGACAACAAGAUGACUCAGGGCUGGACGCUGCGGAUUUCUGCUACAGUGGAAUUCGUACGGCGACCAUGUCUCCAAAUUCCAAAACCGUGACAGCUUAUGCACAUUCCUUCUGGUGAAUUGCCUCCACUCUGGAACGAAACGGGUCAGACGGCUGGACACUGCUAACACUACAACCGAAGCUAUGGCAUCGAGUUCGCUGAGCCAAGAAGACAUUGACCAUGAGUACGAGGUCCAGUGCUCGCGACGUUCCAGGGUCAGAACCGCCAGGGCGACAAGGACCUCGUCGACACGUGAGGUACAAGAGAUGGGGGACGUCGCUCCGCUGAUGGUCGACUUUCCGGCCGUCGGGCAGCAGCAGCAGCAGCAGGAGUACGACGCGUCACCAAAGCCGAGAGCGAAAGACAAACGGUGUCCACGGCCGAAUCACGCCAACAAGGUGAAGGUACAACGCGAAAGACGAAAACUGCGAGAGAAGAGACGCAGCACGGGAGUUGUGCACUUGCAAUCCACGGAGAGUACAGGGGGCAGCACGGGAGAAGAGGAGGAGGAACUGCUCAACGUGUGCGCAGAAACACGUCGCAACACGACACUCAACGAGACAUCCCCCGUGGACACCCCUCCGUUAGGGGCGGAAAGUGUUACGGAGGCAGAAGGAGGGCGCAAGUUUUCGCUAAGGAACAACAAGAGUCCCUCAGAUUUGGAUGCAGACGACGAAGACAACCAGGACUACGACAGUGCUGUCAACCAGUCGGACUCCACCAUGAGCCUGGCGCAGGAGAGCGCCCUCUGUGAGCUCCUGGGCAAAGCCACUGCUCCGACCAAUGGGAGGCCACAGACUCCCUGCAGCGAACGACCAGAGGAGCUGCUGGAGAGGGCAAGGGAAGAGAAUUGUCGUCUGCUGGAUCUCCUCAAGGAGAAGGACGUCCGUAUCCACACCCUUGAGAGGAAAGUCAUCACUCUCGGAAAGGAACUCGGCGAACUGAUGUCCGAAAACAGGGAGCUUCGGGAGCGCAACGCCACCCUCUUGGGCAGCCUGGCGGCCAAGUAGAGAACCACCUUCUUCAGCAACAUCACAUUUUGUCGCAACUUUUUUCAAGAUGCCGGCACACGCUUGCUACAAUCUUGCUCCACUGUGAACGAUACAAACUCCGUCCAGGAAGCCAAAGUACUGGGCAAUUUCUGCUUUUGGACAAGGACAAGGACAAGGUUGUCCUACUGAAAAGCAGUGCCAGCCAGCCAGACAGACAGGGAGGAUGAAAGAUAAUGAUCAGCAACGCUUAUCCUCUUGCAUGGUUUGUGAUUCAUGUGAUGGAUCACUGAAGUGAUGUCACAGAACGAAGGGGGAUUUGAUAAGACUGACCACCCUUGGCCUCCCUCUCCAAGCCCUGCCUCCUUUAAAGGAGCAAUGAAAUGACACUUAGCAUUGCUACCACAAAAUACAAAUGAGCCUCGUGUGGAGGAAUAUCUCCCGGCAGGACACAAGGAUAUCGACGUGAUCGCCACUCCCAUUCAUACUCCAUUACAAUAAGGGUCCGGUUUUUCCGCUGCGGCAAAAUCUCGAAUUCUGCGGCAGGGAGUCAGAAAUUCUGCAGUUUUCAGCGGCAUGGGCGUCUAGGCUAAGAAAUACAAAGACAAAAUCUUUAUUAACUUGCAUGACGCAGAAGUAAAGUGUCCACAAAUCCAAAAUGCAGUUGUAGCUAAGCAUCGCAUGGUAUUUUGUGGUGUUUUAACGGUAAUAAUAACACAGUUAACAGUUUUAACUGCAGCAUAACAGAGUUAACGCAGCAACAGCAGAAAAACAAUUGGGAGUUUUUGUAGAAUUCUUCAGUACCGUAAUAACCUUUGCACUGUUUAUCUACCCCCCCCCCCCCCCCAAGUGGGUAUGCCUAGUCAUUGCACGCAUUGCCAUGGGGAACGCACUAGACAGGAUUAUCGCAGGUGGGAGCAAAACAGUAGUAAGAAAGACUGGAUGGAUGUGUGCGUUCGUUUGGUUAUGAGCCGUAGGUACAUCCAUCUCCGGCACCAAAGCUGUGUUCCUCAAAUAAGAUUUGUAGUUCAGCAAAAUUCCACGUAAACCCCCCCCCCCCCGAUUCCACGAUACAUCCUAAAUUCCGCUCGUUUUCGCAAUAAUCGCGGAAAAGUCAGGGCCUUAUCCGUACGUUAAGCGUCACUUCAACAGCUUGACGAAGGAGUUACCGUUCUUGCGGCCGUAAGAACGCGCGUUACCUGUCGUACAAUCAAUCCGCUGCAGCCGAAAAUGAGCUUUCAUUGCUCCUUUAAACCCGCAGUGUUGUAAAUGGGGGAAAUCGGGGAGAAGUCGCCUUCCACGAACAUGGAACGUUUGUUGCUGUGACUGGAGCUUAAGCCACGUUUCCUCUCUUCCUCGAGCAAAAGGACAGGACCAUUCCCAAGCAUGUCACAGUCAGCAGCUGCCUGGACGUACGAUUUAAUGUCUGGGAUUACAGAGUUGGAGCACGGGACACUCGUAGAUUUUGCGCCUUGGCAGCCUGUACUAGAGCACUGCACGGGCCAUAUUUUUAGGCCCAGGCCCAAUCCCGAGAAAUUUAUAGGCUACCUGGCCCAGCCCAGGCCGGCCCACCAUAUGAGGCUGUAAAAUUUGACCGUGGCUAACUAACCAAGAGAGGGAUAACACAGCCUCCAGUCCAACCCAGGCCCGGCAGUGUACGGGCCCGGUUCUGAGCCCAUAAUGGUCAAACCCAAGCCCAGCCCAGGGCCACACAAGAAAGCUGCCCAGGUUUUCGGGUAAGCCCGAGUGCCCAUGCAGUGCUCUAGUCUGUACCACGUUCUCUACGGCUGCUGAUUCCACUUCUAAUGUGUAUCGUAUCUGCCUGUUGCAACAAACAGAAGUUAGGCUUACCUCGCUCUGUCGCUGAAAGGUCCUGCACUCCAAAUAGGGAACGCACAUAUUGCCAGGACUGUGCAAGUAAGAUACGUGGCAGAACGUGGCCAGUUGCACACACUCGUUAGCUUCAGCGCUAGUGAGGAUCUGGACAGUAUUAGGAUUUGGAAGUAUUAUAUUCCCGUGCCUGCCAGGCAGAUUCUGAAUUGGGUCUGUGUAUUUCAAACUUCUGCACCUUUUAUGCGGUACGGGUGGGGCAUAGUCUUGUUUUUUCUCCAGUUGCACGUAACGAUACUUGCCGUAGUACGUACUCGACAAUAUACUACACGACUAUCACCGUGGCUUUGUCACGCCUGUAGGUUCGCGGUUUGAUACGUAUGCUUUUGGUGGUCCUCCUGUAUUUUAGGGAGGUAUUUUUGCUCGAGUAACUUUGCAUACAUUUUGUACCGUACGAGAUUUGUUAUUCAUUACCCGAAAAUCUGAGCUUCGUUUACAUUUUAACAUCCUGGAUUAAAUAUUUUCUGUGUAGAGGGCAACAGUACAUAAGAGUAGUAAGAGUAAAAGAAUGAGACAUGGUUUAUAAAGAUUGAUUUAGAUUAUAAGAUUACUAUAUUAGAUCGUAAGAUUUAAGUAAUAAUUCGUUGUUUUAUGUUGCGGGACAACUAUGAGUAUAAGAUUUAAGCUUAAGAUAAGAUUCCAUUCAUAUUAAAUAUUUGCUUUACAUAAAUCAUCUUUGUUGACUAGUACAUUAUCUCCACAUAAGUGGCAAACUGGCACAGGCAGCAGUAGAUUGCUCAUGACCAUCAAAAAAAGCACGCUCUAAAUAACAGAGCUUCAUAAUUACGCUCCAUUAGGAGUAGCAAGUCCUACAUUGAAGGCACACAUCUUCUUAUCACGCAUAGAAGAAAGUUCUAUAGGAACUCUAUUGUUAUUGAAACGAGCUCUGAAGGACAUUAAUAAAAUUGCUGUAACAAUGGUUAAUAAAAAAAGAUUGUUGAGUGACGACGUUUAAGACUGUGUAAGUAAGCACAAGGCAACGACAUAUUGCGUAGAGCUAUUUAUUUCCAGAGAUCACCUGGCACAGGCAACUACACAAUUAGUGAUGACAACUGGGGCAUGUGUAGGGAGGGGAAUAUAUGCAGUUUGUGUUGGAUUUUCAUAAGCGUAAAUAAACACUGUACUCAGUCCUUCAAA